AUGGCUGGAAGUACCGUCAGUGAGGAAACCCUCAACAUCAUGGACGAGGCGUUCAUUCAGGCAGUGGAAACCUUUGUUGAGACUCAUGAGCCAAUAACACAGACAGCACACCUUCACGCCGACCUCCAGUGGUUUGUCGACGCGUUUGAUUUGACCAGUCAAGGGAUCCUGGUGCAGCGACAAUUGCUCAUGCUCCAUGACUACUACAAUCUCGACGACUUGCUCGAGGACGGAAUACUCGACUCCAUGCGUACGAUUGUGGCGGCUUCUCCUCAGAGUCCCAGGCCAGCUACGCACCCCCACAGCGGCCAUUCUGUACUCCUUCUGCUCGCUCAGGCUUCAAGCCUUCUGCUCGACCAGACUUUGGACCAUCCGCCCGAAGACACUCAGAUCCAGUCGCCAUCUGCUGGGAAUGUCACUUUGAGUAGCGGAAUGCCUGAUGAUGUCAAUGUCUCAUCACAAGCGGCGGCUACGAGCAGACAAGCGACAGAAGACGCUGCACAGACAAACCACCCUCAGGAGGCAGAUGAAAGACGUCGGCGCCGUCCGGGAAUGACACCCCUUGCCCAUGAUGUCUCUCGCCAAGCCGGUAACAUACAUGUGAGCAACCUUCCUCCGCUGCCUAAACACCGCUACCCAAACAAUCCGGACCGAUGUCAUCCACCAAACCUAGAAUAUGGGUUCAGCAUAGCCGAAAGAGACAAGGACUGGAUGUACAAGUGCGAUGAGUGUGGACAUGCCUUUCGCUAUCGCACCGAAUUUCGGCGACACUUCGAUGGUCAGCUGGGGGUUCGCGACGGAUUCAAGCUCGUGUGCGUGAUGCCAGACGUCGCGCAGGUUUGGUACGGGGUGGACUCUCAUGGCAACGAAUACAUGGGACACAUGUUGUUCCACCCUAAGGGUGAAGGUCGCCUGGCGCAUCACGCUCCGAUCCCGCGGCCUUGUGCGCUGCGCAUGAGAUAA